AUGCUACUAGAUACCCUCGAUCUGCAAGACCACACGUCGCCGUCUGCAAAAGACCACUCGAGACAACCCGCACACCCUUCACCAUACGGUUAUGGUCCCGCCGCUCCACAUCAAGCCCAAGCCUUGAGACAUGCCGAGCAAGGAUCAUAUCAGGAUCAACAUACCAGUCCAAGGGCUUCGGAAGAGAGAGCCAAUGGAGGUUUCCAACAACAGUCAGAACAUUUCUACGACGAUCUAGACGACGACCGAGACGAUGAACAUCCAAACACCCAAAAUGCGACAAACGGAGCCGGAUACCAUGGGCAGGACCUGGACGAAGGGGAUGGUGGUGACUCCCAUGACGAAGAUAUGGACGACGACCUGAUGGACAAAAUCUCGAGCUCGCCUUCAAUUGAAGAUGGUAAAUCCCCCCUCCCCCCAUGGCCGCCCCGGGUCGAUUCUGUGGAUUCUGAAGCUUCCCCGGCUUCACUAUCGACGCCGACUCGAGGCGAUUCCUUAUCCUCAUCACCAUUCUCUUCUACACCCGAGCAUUUUCCUUUGCACCAUUCGCAAUCGUAUCGCACGGCAAGUCAUCAUGGUGAGUAUGUCGAGAGUCUGAGCCAAGCGAGAUCAGGCCUGGUCUUCCUGGACGAGCAAUCGAGACCUAGUGGGAACCCAUUACCUGUGAUGGGACGGGAGUUGCCAGCACAGACCUGCCUUUCACUGUCCGACUCUCAGGAAUUCCAGCGGUACCUGUUGCCGCUUGACGACCCUCUCUUGGCCGGCACGGUGGAGGAUUAUGGGGACGACUUCCCUGACGGUGACGAUGACGAAUGGGAGGACGAAGACUCUUGCCUUCCCGGGCUCGAGGAAAGUUCUGAUGAUGACACCGAUGACUUUCAAUUUUCCCCGGACGAACGCUUCAUCGACUCUGGUUGGGGAGGAGAGUGCUUACGAGAAAUAGAGGACAUCGACUUCGAGUUUGUGUAUGCACUACACACAUUUGUCGCGACGGUUGAAGGUCAGGCCAAUGCCACAAAGGGUGACACCAUGGUGUUGCUCGAUGAUAGCAACAGUUAUUGGUGGCUUGUCCGGGUUGUGAAAGACAGCAGCAUUGGCUACCUGCCCGCCGAACAUAUCGAAACACCGACCGAACGACUAGCUCGACUCAACAAACACAGAAAUGUGGAUUUGUCCGCGCAAAUGCUGGGGGAUAACCCCGAAAAAUCGAAGAAUCCGUUGAAAAAGGCGAUGCGCCGACGCAACGCCAAAACAGUCCAGUUCGCACCUCCAACAUUUUACGAACCUUCAGAUUAUGAGUACUCGGACGAGGAAGAAGAAGGCGAGGACGGCCAGCUCGACCAGAUUGGAAUGGACACCUCUGAUGACGGCGAAAACCCCGACGAUCAACAAGAGGGUUCAGCCACUUCAGCUGAGACCCAAGAACCCCGAGAAGGCGUUGCGGUCAACGGUAUUCAGCGGGUGACCAGUAACGACAGCUUGAAGAAUGAAACAGCGUCAAGCCCGGUCAAGGUUCAACAGUCACAAUCCAGCUUAGAAUCGCGGCAGAACGACGAACCCGUCCAGCGGUCGAGGAAAGGGGUCGUGAGAAACACCGAUUCGUUCUUUAAGGAUGACACGGUCGAGACGAAGAAGAUCUCGCUGACGCCGCGAUUAUUGCGAGGUGACUCCGACUCUGGUGGAUCGACAGAACAGGAAGUCCGCCAGCGUCCAAGCCUCGAGACUUUCGACAAAAUGGUCGGCGUGGACGACAAAUCAAAGGACAAAAAGAAAGAGAAGAAGGGCAUGCUCAGUGGGCUCUUCAAACGGAAGAAGGGCACGCCGCAAGAGGAGAGCGAAAAGGUUUUGGAAGAUCCUCGUCAAUCUCCAGGCUCGAAAGACUCUAUGGAGUCCUUGACCAUGAAGCCUGAAAAUGGCCCAGAACGCAGGCCGAGCAAGCUGCAAAAGACACCACCAGGCAUAUCACCGAAGGCGUCACCCACGGAGGCACGACAUCCGCAACAGUCACCCGGACAAGCACCUCCAGCCCCGACUGGGCCCGCGCCUGAACCGCCCACUGUCCGCAGAGUCGAGGCCGAGGGUCAGCAGCCCGGUGCGUCUGUGCAAUCUCAGUCCGCACAAGUCAACCGCUUCCCCUCUCUUACCGAGAAGAGGUCUAUUUUUGCGCCGGUCACGACGGCCCUCAAGCCUAGUCCUUCAAUGAGCCCAGAUGGUGGAUCCCCCAUCAAGCCAAUCUAUACAAAGAGGGCAAAGGAGCGCUUCGCAAUAGACGAAAGUGAUUCAGAGACAGAUGAUAAGAAUGCAAGAGCGGAUAACCGAGGCCGUCAGAGCGUUUCGCCUGCCACAGAGCUGCAGGCACAGCAGCCUCGAUCAGACUCUGCGACACAACCUUCGACCACGGCAGCCAUGACACCUGGGAAGUUUGGGGACAGUAAAUUCCAAGCUCUGCAGCCGGCAGUUUCGAGUUCGUCCCCGCUACCGCAUGAGCCUAAUCCAUCCGAAUCGGAUGGGACUGCCAGCACUUCGAAGCCCUCACCUUCAUCUACCACACAUACACCGUCAACUUCUAGGUCGACACCGACGUGGUCAGACGCGUCGUUGAGAUCGUAUAUGGAAAACAGUCAAGACAUCAAAGACCUCCUCAUCAUUGUGCACGACAAAUCGAAUGUCACCCCAGUGGGUCCGGACCAUCCCUUGAUGCACAAUCUCUUCGUGGAUGAGCGGACGAAGCUUGCCGAGAUGCAGUCACAGCUUGACACCAUGCUGAUGUCUUGGAUAUCCAAGAAGAACGCGACCACCAUGCCCCCAACGACUUGA